GGGAAGCAACGGCUCUCAGGUUGGGACAAUAUUAUCUGGAAGCUGAAAGAAGAAACCGAACGCUUUCCCCCCCCCCUCCUUCCCCACCCUUUUCAAUCCGGAGGAAAAAUAUCCCAAGGUCUGCAAAGAGCAUGAAUUACCUCUUGAGGUCAUCAGCGAGAAUUUACGACUGGUCAACAAAAGCACGUGAUUCCCUAACGCCCCCCCAUCCCCCUUUCAAACCCCCCCCAUAUUUGGCCGCAUACAUAGCAAAACGAAGUACAGUGCAUCGCUAUAAUUCAUUAAUACAUCAUAAAUCGUGAAGCACAGGGUUAUAACGACCACGAUCCACAAAUCAAGCCCUCCAAAAUCACCCAAAUGAGCUCGUACUUUGUAAACUCCUUCUCGGGGCGUUAUCCAAAUGGCCCGGACUAUCAGUUGCUAAAUUAUGGCAGUGGCAGCUCUCUGAGCGGCUCUUACAGGGAUCCCGCUGCCAUGCACACCGGCUCUUACGGCUACAAUUACAAUGGGAUGGACCUCAGCGUCAACCGCUCCUCGGCCUCCUCCAGCCACUUUGGGGCGGUGGGCGAGAGCUCCCGCGCCUUCCCUGCGCCCGCUCAGGAGCCCCGCUUCAGGCAGGCGGCGUCGAGCUGCUCCCUGUCCUCGCCCGAGUCCCUUCCCUGCACCAACGGCGAUAGCCACGGCGCCAAACCCUCUACUUCGUCCCCCUCCGACCAAGCGACCCCCGCCAGCUCCAGCGCCAAUUUCACCGAAAUAGACGAGGCCAGCGCGUCCUCGGAGCCUGAGGAAGCCGCGAGCCAGCUAAGCAGCCCGAGCCUAGCUCGGGCGCAGCCAGAACCCAUGGCCACCUCCACAGCCGCGCCCGAGGGGCAGACUCCUCAGAUAUUCCCCUGGAUGAGGAAGCUUCACAUCAGCCAUGAUAUGACAGGGCCGGACGGGAAAAGGGCCCGAACCGCGUAUACCCGCUACCAGACCCUGGAGCUGGAGAAGGAGUUCCACUUCAACCGCUACCUGACCCGGCGGCGGCGUAUCGAGAUCGCCCACGCGCUCUGCCUGUCUGAGCGUCAGAUCAAGAUCUGGUUCCAGAACCGGCGCAUGAAGUGGAAGAAAGACAACAAACUGAAAAGUAUGAGCCUGGCUACAGCCGGCAGCGCCUUCCAGCCCUGAACCCGCACGGAGGAGCCCUGGGCGGCCCCACAGGCCGCGCCACCCCCAGCCCCGACCCCUCCGAUCCUCCCUGCGCUGCCGCUGACCGCUGGGGACCGGUUCCCAUGAGCCUGCCUCACCCUGGCCUUGUGUUAUAAUUUUUCGUUCGGUCUUACGUCUUCCCGUGGCUCCCUCUCUCCUGGACUGGUUAUCUUGUUAUUAUUGUUAAUAAUAAUAAUGAUGAUGAUAAUAAUAAUAAUAAUAAUUCUUAUUAAUUCCCCUCCAUGCUCCCCACUCCCCUCUGCCCACCCCAAAUCCGCCAGUGUUUCUGAAUGUUCGUAUCUGUGGUUGCGCUCCUUCCCCCAGGGGAAAAAAAAAGAAAUUCGCAUGUUUAAUGUGAACUUUCCCCUUCCCAUCUGUGUUCUAACUUAUUUAUAAAAGAAUGAUUGCUGUAUUUUUGAGUUUCAGCUGGAAACUUCGCUAAGAGGCAGCAAUUGAGGUAGGGUAGUGCCACAGCGCCAGGCCCAACUGAGCUGGCCUCUGAGAUGGAGUCCAUGACUGUGUCUCUUUUCACUCCUCCACCUUCUCCUCCCUCCUCACUCUCCCAGUGACUUGGUCCUGGGCUGAGAAGGGGCCAGGGAGUACCACCAGGGUGAUGUUGAGAAGAGGGAAGGAAAAUAGUGAGAUUUUAAGUUUCUUCUGCCUGGUAGGCCCCAAGGCCUGGUCUGGGAGUGUACUGAAACAAAUAAUACUCAGUGUAAAAUGUCUUGCGUAUUCUCUGUGGGUCUACUAGAGGACCCAAAGCUUGUAAAUAUGGGGAUACUCUGGGUCAGACCCAUCUCUUCCUCCCUAUCCAUUUCUCUUCCAAGAUCAUUUGUAGUGAGUGAGUGGAUGCUGUGCUAUGUGUGAAAUCUGUCUUUGCCAGGCCUGUCUCAGUGGUUUGUUUUUCGUAUUUGUUUGUAGCUUUCCUUAAAGUCAAAUAAAUGUUU